CUUGUAGAGUACACAGGAAGUUAAAGCAGUCGUGGGUUUCCUAAUCGGCUGUACUUUGGACUGUUAUUAUUAAGAAAUACAGUAUUUAUUUCCAGAUCACGUCGGAAAAGGACCAUAGGUUUUAGUGUCACAAUGGCAACCGAGGGGGAUCCCUCAAAUUUGGUCAAAGCGCUACACCUCCUUGUGCUCUCCUUCUCUUGGGGCAUGCAGAUCUGGGUCUCCUUCAUUGCAGGUUUUGCUUUGGUGUGGCAGGUGACUCGACACACUUUCGGCCUGGUGCAGAGUAAACUCUUCCCAGUUUAUUUCUACUGCUUGCUGGGAAGCCAUUUUGUCAGUCUGGCUAUUUAUGCUGUGUAUCAUCCAAGAGAGCUACUGGACACACAUGAAACAGUGCAGAUGAUUCUGUAUUUUGUGGCCUUGAUGAUGGCUGGUCUGAAUGCUCAGUGGUUUGGUCCAGCAGCCACUGAGAUUAUGUUCCUGAUGAGGGAGGUGGAAAAGGAGCAUGGUCUUGGUAAUCAAGUUGGACUAAGCGCUGAAAAGCAAGGCUAUUCCAAACUCAAAGAGCAAGACCCCAAGUAUAGAGCCUACAAGAAAACUUUCGGCCGCUACCACGGGUUAUCCAACCUCUGCAACCUGAUAGGCGUAAUCUGCACUACAACUAAUUUGAUCUACACUGCUCUAAAUCUAUCUACAAUUUAGGCAUGGUGAGGUGUCAGGGUUUAGUUUGGUCCAAUUGACCAAAACAAAGUACCUGUGAUUUUUUUUUUCUUUGCCAGUUUAACACUUUAAAUUUCACUUGCCAUAUAGCUCUCUGGAAUUGGCUGGCAACCUACCCAACAGUCCUGUGUGUGUUCCACCUCUUGGGGCUGGGUACAGAAAAAAAAAUACUAUUGGAAAAAAUGGAUUUAUGGAUUUGCUCAAUCCACUGAAAGAACAUACUCAAAUUUGAUCUCCAUGUUUUAGACAAAUGUGGCUCAAUGUAUGCAUCUCCAGUAGGGGGCGAUGGCUAAACACAUUUUAUAAUGACCAAACAUGCAAGUCCAGGUAUUAUUUGAAACUAUCUUUGUUUGCCCUUAUUUUUUAAAUAAAAACGUGUCAGAAUUCAGUGACAUUUUUUUUUUUUUUAAAUAAACGUUAAAGUUAAUCACAUAUUUUCAGGAUGAGUAUUUGAUUUACUUGGAUGAAAAGUAUUAACUAUUUCAGUGCCAUUGACGAUGACAGACGUCCAGUCGUGCGGCUCUUUUUAACUUUCUGCUGUGAAUUUAGAUUAUAUUUGUCACUAGUAGGAGUGCAAUCCAUUUGAACUGGAAAUGAAUUGGAAGUCUGUUGCUGUCAAUGGUAGCCAAUGAGUUAACUGUUAAGAUCAUUACUUAGUCCACAGGUAAAAUCAGAACUAACUUUCAUGUGGAUUCCAGAUUUUUAUUUUUCACAUUUUGAUUACUUUUGGAAAAGUCAUAUUGAGUAUGGACAGACAACUAAAUGCAGGUAGGAAUAUACAGGAUAUAACUAUUACUGCUCUUGUGGUUUACAAGUGCAAAUUAUUUUUAUUUUCCAUACUUACAAAGUUUAAAUCCUAAGUGAUUUAUGUAUGAGGGUUUUUCAAGAUGUUUGCUUCUAAUUAUGAAAGCAGCACUCGGCUUCAAUCAAAAUUUGAUUGCUUUAUUUUGUUGGAAGUAAAACGUUUCUUUAGAAGAAAAAGGAAAGACUGCAACAAAGCAUUUAUUCUUCCGGGAAAUGUUGCAGUGUAUGUCGCAAUCAAAAAUUAGACCUUCCUUAAGCAAAGAACAAGUUAGUCAAGUCAUGAAAUGUUGUUUACAGUAGUAAGGAGCAAUGUGUUUAUUCAUAUCUGAGCCUCUCACAUGGUGAGAGAUGAUAGAUCUAAAUAAUGAUAUCUUGAGAAAAUAUCCAACCUUUAGUUGAGAAAGUACAGGCAAAAAAAUGGGUGUGUGAACAAGAGGAAGUACAGAAACUAAAGAAUUUUCCCAUAACAUCAUCCUCAUUCACAUAACACAUGGAAACAGAUUUUGUUGUGUGCAAGGCAAAUAGUCUUAUCAGAAAUAAUAUAAUUCCACAAUCUAUAAUAAGUUGAAGCAGAGCUGGGUGAUUAAGAUCAUUGAUCGAAAAAAUGUUUAGGCCUAUUUUUGGAGCCAACGUUAUUUUAUACAUUCCUUUCAUUGUAGAAUGUAUUAAAGUUUUCUAUAUUCCUUUAAUUUUUUUGACUUGACGUAAUUCUUUGCUAUAUGCUGUAUCAAAUAUUGACUGUGAGAUGUGUUGUUUGCAAGAAGCAGGCUAAUUUCAUGUUAAUGUUUGCUUUGAAUGUGAAUAAAAUGUUUAACCUCUAGUUUAAGUUUUCCUUAUAAAUUAUUUUAAAUAUACAACUUAACAGGCCCGUGCAGGGGAUGGGGGUGCUUGAGCACCUGCCCCCUACAUGC